CAGUACGAGAGGAUCAGUCCAAGCGUUCAGUUGAAACCAAUUGCGAAUAGAAAUAUAUCCAGAGGAUGUCAGUGAGCGCGGGUUCAGAUGGCCUUUCCUGGAGAAAUGCUGACUACUUCGAGAAUGUGAUAGCCGUGGAUUACAAAAUCGAGACCACCGAGUUCAAAAUCACCAACGUUCACAUCUCAACGGCCAUUCCCAAACAUGCUGGAGUUUUGUCGCUGGUUCACAGGGUGUUGUUGCAGGUAAAAUUUCAGAGCCGAAGUACGGCGAAGCAUGUGAGUUACAUUGUUAAGGAGAGAAUUGACUCCGACGAGGACCAUGAAUCUACUGGCAGCUAUUGCACUUUUGCCAAAGAAAUUGAGCUUUAUACUCAAAUUCUACCAGGAUUUGAAAAACUGUGGUCAACUGAAAACGUAAAGUUUGGACCGAGGGUGCUCAAAGUAACCAUGACGCCAUUUAGGGUGAUCGUAUUGGAAGACCUCAAAUCGGCUGGAUUUCGAACCAAAAAGUCUAGAACAGGAUUCAAAACAGUUGAGUGUGAGAAAGUGUUGGAAAAGUUGGCCAAAUUCCACGCUGCCUCUGUUCAGUAUUUUGAGAGAAGAGGAUCGUUUUCUGAUCAGUUUGAAUCUGGAAUUUUGAACGAUAAGACUAUAAAGGCUCACGAAGUUUACUAUACGCCAUUGUUCGAGUCAUUUUUUCAAAUGUUGGAAGAAUUGAAAUACCAUCCAAAAAUUGUGCAAGCAUUGCAACCACUAAAGGGAAAGGUCUAUGCAACUACUUGCAAUCUAUUUCGGCUUGACCCCACAAAGUUCAACGUUCUCAAUCAUGGAGAUUUACGAAUGACGAACAUUCAUAUCAGAGAAUACGACAAACUGUUUCUCAAUUAUCAAACUUCGUUUUUCGGAUCACCGUCCUUCGACCUGAUCUACUUCCUGACCAUGUCGACUUCUUUCUGCACCCGAAUAGACCGGUUCGAUCACUUGAUCGACCACUACUACAAGCACCUGAAAGCGGGCCUACAAAAGCUAGGAGUGAUGACAGCGAUACCGACCCAACGCCAACUCCGGGAUGACCUCGCUGCACAUGGAUUUCUGAUGUGCCUCAAAUCCAUAGAGGCACUUGCCGUUACGUUGGAAAUGCCCAAGCUGGAAUUAGAUAUGAAGCUGUUUCGUUCUACCGGUCCAGAAGGAGCAGAAUUUAGGCGAAAUCUCUACGCGAACGUUCAGUUCGAGAAAACUUUGGAAAGGCUUGUGAUGUUUAUGUGGAAAAGAGGUUUCUUGACUGUUUCUCAAAUUUGAAGUUUAUUGCCGCUGUCAUAAAUUAAGGAAUCGUUGUCCAAAAACGAACGUUUCUAUUGCGAU